AUGGCCCCGCGCGGGCGCUGCUGGUGGGCUCUGCUGCUGGUCUGGCUGCCGGCCGGUUGCCUCUCCCUGCUCGUGACAGUGCAGGAUGUUGAACGUUAUACCACCUUAUUCGCCACUGUUGUCCUCAAGUGUGACUACAGCACCUCAGCACAGCUACAGGACGUGGUGGUGACCUGGCGCUUCAAAUCCUUCUGCAAGGACCCCAUCUUUGACUACUACUCUGUCUCAUACCAGGCUGGUUUAGCUCUUGGUCAGGACCCAUCUGACGACUGCAAUGACAGCCAGCGAAAAGUGCGGAUUGUCAUCCAGAAAUACGGGCAGAAGGAGCCUGUGCUGGGUAUCGACUACCAGCAACGAAAGAUCACCAUUCAGAACCGGGCAGACCUUGUCAUCAGUGAGGUCAUGUGGUGGGACCAUGGAGUGUACUACUGCACUGUGGAAGCACCAGGAGAUACCUCAGGUGAUGCAGACAAAGAAGUUAAGCUGAUUGUUCUCCACUGGCUCACAGUACUCCUCAUCAUUCUCGGUGGCCUCCUUCUCCUUCUGCUGAUUGGAGUAUGCUGGUGCCAGUGCUGCCCCCAGUAUUGCUGCUGCCACAUCCCAUGUGUCUGCUGCCCAACCCGGUGCUGCUGUAAUGAGGAAGUACUGCAACGGCAUCGGUUCAUGAAGCAGGCUCAGGCACUUGCACCUUGGAUGUCACCCAACAUGUUCUAUGGAGGUGGUGACAGGAACUCGCAACUUUCCUCUUACCAGCUGAACCCUCUACUGCAACAAGAUGUGUCUCUGCAGAACAGUCUGCCACUGGUGCAGCCACAAGCUCAGCUUUCCGCUAACAAGGGUGUUUUGGACUAUCUGGAGUCUGAAAUCCAAAACCUUAACAUGUCACAGCUCCGGCCACCUUCCCACCAGCGGCAGGCUGUGCAGCCCAGCUUGCUGUCCUCCCUGGGCUCCGAGAUCAUGCCACCUCCUCUCGCUGAUCAUGUCUCCUCCAUCCAUGGGAGCAGCAACUCCUCACGGCCACAGAGAGCUGCCCGCACCCCCAGACCCUGGGACUCUGGAGCAGAGGACAGGAGGGAAAACCGGAGGUGGCCCUUGCCUUCCAGUGGGGAUUCUCAUUCCAGCUACAGUCGGGAGCCCUGGGACAGACAGCAAGAGGACCAUCCUCAGAGGCAGAGGACAGGCGGCUACAAUGGCAGGCCCCAGCACUCCAGACGGGAUGUGUCACCCCCACGCCAGGCUGAGAGGGGCAAGAGCAGCAGCAGCAGCUGCAGUUUCUAUCCAGAGGAGGCCAAGGAGCACUCCAGCCACCAUCGGGGCUGGAGACAGGAGCCCGCAGGGAGGCGAGACUACCAGCACCACACUAGGAAAAGCAAUAACUCAGGUCAGCGGCGGCACAGCUACUCUCCCCCUUCUCGACGGGGAUCGUGGAGCUCCUCAGAAGAGCAAGUCCGUCCCCCAGCGACAAACCGCAGGCGCGGGCACCGGUCUCGGGAAUGGCCCGAAGAUAAACCCCCCAGUUAUCGCUCAUUAGAAGUCAUCCCAGGUCGGGAGAAGAAGCAAAAAAGCAGCGCAGGGCCACGCUCGGACAGAGGAAGUUCCCACAGCGGAAGAAGCAUAGUCAUUUAA